AGGAGGCGAGGCACAUCCCAGCGCUGCUCCCUGGAGUUUCUGGAAGACACCGUGGGAUGUGCCUCUGUACAGAGAACCAAGCAUACAUCCGGGUCACCGAGGCACAAAGCCCUGAAAAAGACCCACUUCAUCAAGAACAUGCGGCAGUAUGACACACGGAACAGCAGGAUCGUGCUCAUCUGCGCCAAGCGGUCCCUGUGCGCAGCCUUCUCGGUCCUGCCCUAUGGAGAAGGCCUGCGGAUCAGUGACCUGCGAGUGGAUAGCCAGAAGCAGAGGCACCCAUCCGGCGGUGUCUCUGUGUCCUCCGAGAUGGUCUUCGAGCUGGAAGGCGUUGAGCUGGGAGCAGACGGAAAGGUCGUGUCUUAUGCUAAGUUCCUGUACCCUACCAACGCCCUGGUCACACACAAGAGUGACAACCACAGCCUGUUGCCCACACCUCGGCCCAGCAUCCCCCGGGCUCUUCCGGGGUCCAGACACAAACCUAUCCCCACCAAGCCAGUGCCAACUGGCACAGAGCUAGGAAGUGAUGUGGGGGACACCCUGGAGUACAACCCCAACCUCCUGGAUGACCCACAGUGGCCCUGCGGCAAACACAAGCGUGUCCUCAUCUUUGCAUCAUACAUGACCACAGUGAUUGAGUAUGUGAAGCCCUCAGACCUCAAGAAGGACAUGAACGAGACCUUCAGGGAGAAGUUCCCGCACAUUAAGCUGACACUGAGCAAGAUCAGGAGUCUGAAGCGAGAAAUGCAGAACCUCUCGGAGGAGUGCAGUCUGGAGCCCGUGACAGUGUCGAUGGCCUACGUGUACUUCGAGAAGCUCGUCCUACAGGGCAAGCUCAACAAGCAGAACCGCAAGCUGUGUGCUGGCGCCUGUGUGCUGCUGGCUGCCAAGAUCAGCAGCGACCUCCGCAAGGGUGAGGUGACACAGCUCAUCGAUAAGCUGGAGGAGAGAUUCCGCUUCAACCGGCGCGACCUCAUCGGGUUUGAGUUCACGGUGCUCGUGGCCCUGGAGCUGGCCCUGUACCUGCCUGAGCCCCAGGUGUUACCUCAUUACCGACGCCUCACCCAGCAGUUCUAGCCAGCCCUGGGGCAUCUGCUGGCCCUUUCCUGCCCCACCAGCAGGGGUGCUGCCUGCAGACGCUGCUGGUUCCCUGGAAAGGGAUGCUGCUGUCAUUCCAAAGUACACCACCCUCAGGGGUGGCUCUGAGGAUCUUCCUGGAUUUUUACACAAACUACACGUGGGUUUUGUUUUCUAUGUUUUCUGGUGCCUGUGCCCAAGACCAGACUGGCAUCAGGACCUCUGGCUGGCACCUCGUGGCGGUAAGUCCUGAUCUCGCAGCACCCUCCUCCCUGGCCUGGCGUGCCCAUGAGUGCAGGGCUGCAUUUCCAGGUGUUGCUGAACACACGGAACUUUCUGUGGUUCGUUUACUUAACCAUCACCUGGGAUACUGGCUCUUUGGACAUGGAGGCGCAGCACUGUAGUCCCUGAUGGUGUCCCCAUGUCCCUGGUUCCUGCCAGCCCGCACAGAGCUCCUCCAGCCUCCCACCUGCCAUGCCCACUGUGGCCAGCAGGGCUUCUGGUGUCGGUUUAAUCCUGCAAGAACAGAUGCCUGACUUGUCUUGGUCUCAUUUUUUCUCCAACUCUUCCUCAAGCAUCGUGUCACUGUGAAAUCUCGCUGCCGUGCCAUGCAUCUGACAGGGCACAGCAGACACCUGCCCACCCUGUGCCAGGACCCAUCCUCUGCCCCUCGCCAAGAAGCCUGCCUGUUUGCAACACUCUGGGCCCCAGGACAACUGGCUGUGGGCUUUUUUUUUCCUAAGAAAUAUCGUGAUGGGGGAAAUAAUAUAUU